GCCUGUCGUCAGUUGUUAAAAUGUACGAAGAUAAAUGGAUUAACUGAGGAAAUAUAAUGACGAAUAUGCCAUCAAGACGCGUAGCGUGUGACUGAAAGGUAUGAGGUGUGCUUGUUUUGUUUACGUGUGUUUGACUGCCUUUGAUAGAGUGCUUUUGCAAAGCAUGCGGAGCUUCCAGCAUACACAACACAAGAAGCGUGCUUCUGGAUGUCGGCCCCAAUCGGGUCGGUAAAUUGUACCGAACACGCACAACAUGUUUAGAAGUACGUUUCAAGGUGGAUUUCUGUCUAUAUUAUAUAGCAUCGGCAGCAAACCUCUUCAGAUAUGGGAUAUAAAGGUGAAGAAUGGUCAUAUCAAACGAGUUACAGACAAUGACAUCAACUCGCUCGUGUUGGAGGUGGAGGGUUCAAACGUCAGUACCAACUACAUCACAUGUCCCGCUGACCCCAGGCAGACUCUUGGCAUCAAAAUGCCUUUUCUUGUGAUGAUCGUCAAGAAAACCAGGAAAUAUUUCAGCUUUGAAGUCCAGGUGUUAGAUGAUCAGAAUUUACGCCGGCGAUUUCGGGCAAGUAAUCACCACAGCAAGACGCAAGUGAAUUCAUUUAUGUGCACUAUGCCAAUUAGUGUUGAUGACCGCUGGAACCAGUUUCAGUUCAACUUGGCAGACAUCACCAGGAGGGCUUAUGGAACCAGUUAUGUAGAGACGCAGCGUGUGCAGAUUCAUGCUAAUUGUCGUAUUAGGAGGGUAUAUUUCACUGAUAAACAAUACACAGAGGAUGAGCUCCCACCAGAGUUCAAACUGGUUAUUCCUGUCAAGAAACAGGAUGCAAGCAAAAAAGGAGGUCCUAGGCCUGCGGCAACCCGACAGACCUGAAACAUUAUUUGUGUAACCAUUGGGUUAACUUUGAAGAUCGGUUAUAUUCACUGUUGAAAAUAUUAGAUGCAUCUUUUUAAUUGUGUCAUUUGUUUACAUGUUUUUGAAACAAAUCCCACUACUCCAUUUUAUGAUUGAUUUAAAACCAAUCAUAAAAAAAAUAUUUUAAAAAAAUAAAAUCAAUGUAAUGUAAUGUAAUCUUUGUUCAUUAUAAAACUGCAAAUCUGGUGUUGUGAAUAUCUAUUUUUUUUGCUGUGAAUAUGUAUUCUUGGGGAAAAUUAUGUACUAAAAUGAUCACAAAAUGUGCAAAAAGUUAAAAUAGCUGGAGCAUAAAUUCUGCUGACCAGGAAGACUGAGAUGAACAUGAACCAACGCAGAUACUGUACAUUCCUAAAUACAAAUAUAUGUAUUAUGUAUAUAUUUAUAUCAUUUGCUACACAAUCAAAAAACGAUCACUUAUGGACUACCUAGUGCUAAAAUAUAUUAAUUCAUAGCACAUCGAAUCCAAACUGAUAUGGAUGGAAAACAACAGACUAGCGUAUAAUAUACACUACUUGGACUGAACAUCCAUGAGCCCGUUUUACAUAUUAUGUUUGUAUAGUCUUCAUUAAAUAAAGCAUAAGGUAGAUUUUUCCCUUCGC